AUGACAACUGCCCUGUUCGGGAAUGAUCAAGAUAUCCCAUAUAAUGCUAUCGAGGAUGCAACGCUACUACCUGCACACACGAGCUAUGCCACCACGGCAACUGCUUUUGCACAAGCGAGGAAAGAAGCCGUUGCUUAUAAGAUCCGCACGGAGUAUGGCGAGACACGCACCUUGCCUGCUGCGCUGGGUGCGCGACAAGGAGGUCAAUCGAGUCUGCCAGCGAAACGUGCAAAGAUCCAAGGAAAGAGUGCAGAAGUCGCUCAACAGCUGAUUGAGGAGGUCGCACCGCGUACACAGGCAGAAGACCUUUCUCAGCAAUUGGCAAUCAGAAGACCAGCUGCAACGAGUCAUGACUCACAAACAACGGCACUUGCGCGGCGAGCGGCCGUUGAACAACUCAAACCGACGUGGCAUGCACCCUGGAAACUCUCGCGCGUCAUUGCCGGCCAUGCAGGCUGGGUGCGUUGCGUCUCCUUUGAUCCACUCAACCAGUUCUUUGUGACGGGUUCGGCGGAUCGCACGAUCAAGAUUUGGGAUCUCGCGAGUGGCACACUACGUCUCUCCUUGACCGGUCACAUCUCCACCGUGCGCGGUGUUGCUGUGAGUGCGCGGCAUCCGUACUUGUUUAGCUGUGGUGAAGACAAGCAAGUCAAGUGCUGGGAUUUGGAAUCCAACAAAGUCAUUCGACAUUACCAUGGCCAUUUAUCCGGCGUAUACGCCUUAUCGCUGCAUCCAACGAUCGAUGUCCUGGUGACAUCCGGUAGAGAUGCCGUUGCUCGAUGCUGGGAUAUGCGAACGCGCGAAUCGGUGCAUGUCCUUGGUGGCCACAAGGCAACAGUGGCAGAUGUCCAAACAUGUGCCGUAGACCCACAAGUCAUUACAGGCUCCCUCGACCAUACCGUCAAGUUGUGGGACUUGGCAGCCGGUAAGUGUAUGCAAACACUCACACACCAUAAACGCUCCAUUCGCAGCAUCAGUACAAGUCUGACGGAACGCAGUUUCAUCUCUGGUGGCGCGGAUCGCAUGCGGACCUGGACACUGCCUGCAGGGCAACUCCUCAAUGUCAUGGAAGGACCAGGCUCAGACUUGCCAGGCGGUGGGAUUGUCAAUACAACCAGUGUUAAUGUGGAUAAUGUCCUAUUUGCCGGGUCGGAUGACGGAUCGCUUGGAUUUUACGACUACAAGUCGGGUCAUUGCUUUCAAAGCACUCGCAGUGCCGUGCAACCUGGCUCACUCGAGUCGGAGAAUGGUCUCUUUUGCAGUGCGUUUGAUCGAACGGGUCUACGACUUGUGACGGGUGAAGCAGACAAGACCAUCAAGGUCUGGAAGCAAGAUGAUACAGCAACACCGGAUACACAUCCUCUACAAUGGACGCCAUCGCUACAACGUCGUAAAUUCUAA